AUGACUGAGAACGAUCAUCACCGAGCCGAUUCAACGCACAACGCGGCUGGUGCUACUACUCCAUCCGCCGCCGCACGAGCACCGCCGCGCUCGCGCCCCACCCUGAAAUGCAGCUCGUUGGGCAGCACGGCCGCGUCGACUGUCCCUCAAUCCCGCCGACCGCAGCAUUACGACACGUGGCACGGCGAUUCGCUCGAUCGCGUCCCGAUUCCGACUCGAAAGGUGCACACCGUCGAAUCGCCGGUCACAUCUCGCGCGUCGCAUCGUUUUUCGCCGCGAGAAUCGCGGCGACUGCAGCUUCACCCAGCAGCGGAAGGCCCUGGUGGACAGCGCGCCGAGCCUUACAGUCAUUACCCUUCACCGCGCUCGUCCGGCGGAACCGCCGCGGUUCACGCACCGAAGAGCCGGUCAGACCCUCACUUCGCCGCUGUCGACAAGCGCCCCGUGCUCCACGCGCCGCAGCGGCAGCCUUCAGGCGACCUGGGGGCGAGAGGGCCGACGAGGACGCUGAGCCGUCAGAUUCGGCUCGCGCCAGAUGACUCACCACGUGUCGCCCGUUCGGAUGAUGACCUGGGCGAGCCGUUUGUGACGCGGAACCACCACGCGUCGCCCGUUGAUCACAGCCGUCAGCGUUGCGACGGGCGCGGCCCUGCUGGGUCGGGUGGCAGCUACGAUGAUUUCCCUGCAUGCUCGACCGUGGGAAGGGCGGAAAGGGCGGAAAGAGCGGAAAGGGAAAGGCGUUCCGCUGUGGCGGAAGCCUGCUCCCCGUUCGACGCCUCCUCGUCCCCCACAUCCCCUUCCGCCGCCUCUCCCCGCUUCCCCUGCUCCAUCCCCUCGCCUCGGCACAACCCGAUGACAUCGCCUGCUGCCUAUCAGCAAUCGCCACGUCAGCUACUAGCGUCAACCUCUGUGGGCAGCGGUUCGCCUGCGCCUGCCAGGGGGGAGAGGAGGGGCGGCGACGGCCGACACAGGAGCAGCCAGCAGCACAGUUCCUGCGACUCGUGGGACAACAGCGAGCUGAUCUACGACCACGACGACCCAAUGCUGCAAAUAUCACCUUCCCCUUGGUCUCAGAGGGAUUUCUCCGGCCGCCAGCACGCAGAGUUCCAGUCAGACUCGGAGGAGGAAGAGGACUGCCGUGGCGCUGACGGCGGCGGGACUCGCCGCGCCCUGUCUCGGUGGCGCUCUCACUCUCUCGCAGAAGAUGCCAUUGAGGAGGACCCCACUGCGCACCGCGUGCACACUCUCGACCGCCGCCCUGCGCCGUCCCAGUCGCUCCCUGACUGCCGCCUCCCCCGGCGCUCGUGUGACGAGCGCAGCAUGCGACACGCACUUGUGGAUACGAAUGGGGGUACGGGUGUAGAUGUGCGGAGAUCGGGGGAGAAGAUUGGUGCGGGAGAGAAUGCACGGUGGAAGGGGGAAGACUCCUCGGAGAGUGGAGACGAGGUCGUAGAGGCAAUGGGAGAGCGGCAGAGGGAUGUGCAGGAGGCUGGUUUGGAGCGUGGAGAGAACGAGAGGCGUGGCCCAACACUGAAGAAAAUGCAGGGUGGGAUGGACAGUCACCAGACCCGAGAUGCUGUCUGUGAUUUGUCGGAGGACAGCAAGCAACAGUCCAGGCCAGCGGGAAGAAAUGAAGGCCACACACCGUGUCGUGAUGCUGCUGCUGGGGGGGUUAAGGGCUGUGAAAGCAGGGAAGUUCCCAAGAGCAAGCCCAAGAGCAAACUGCAGAGAUCACUGAGCGACGACGAUGAGGAAGACGAACGAGCAGAAAAAGAGGUAAGAGCAAGGGAGGAGGCACGAGCUAAGCUUCAGAAACAGAGGCGCGAUUCCAUACGCUUAGUCAAGCAGCCCGUGAAGAGGGUUCUUCCACGGAAGGUGUCUAAGUGA